GGCGCGCAUGCCUGGGUCGUUGCGGUGGGGGGGGGCGGGGGGCGGGCGUCACAGGUCCUGACAGGGAAGAAGUUAGCAGGUCCUGGCAGGGGACGAGCUGCGGUGGCGGCACCUCCGGGUAUGGAAGGCUCCAGUGAGAUGGAGUCGCGGGUCGCGGACGCUGGGGCCGGUGAGACUGCGAGAGCAGCGGGCGGCCGUCCGGCAGUUGGCUGCACCACUCGGGGGCCCGUAGUCUCGGCGCCCCUGGGAGCCGCCCGGUGGAAGCUCCUGCGGCAGGUUCUGAAGCAAAAACACCUGGAUGAUUGCCUGCGACAUGUAUCUGUAAGAAGAUUUGAAUCAUUUAAUCUGUUUUCAGUAACAGAAGUCAAAGAAAGGGAAACUGAAAAGGAGGUUGGUGCAUGGGUCCAAUAUACAAGCAUCUUCUGUCCUGAAUACAGUAUCUCCAUAAGGCAUAAUAGUGGAUCCUUGAAUGUUGAAGAUGUCCUUACCAGCUUUGACAAUACAGGAAAUGUUUGUAUCUGGCCAUCCGAAGAGGUGUUGGCUUACUACUGCCUCAAGCACAGUAAUAUAUUCAGGGCCCUUGCUGUGUGUGAGCUAGGGGGUGGCAUGACAUGCUUGGCUGGGCUCAUGGUUGCUAUUUCUGCAGAUGUCAAAGAAGUUCUGUUAACUGAUGGGAAUGAAAAGGCCAUCAGAAAUGUGCAAGACAUCAUCACAAGGAAUCAGAAGGCUGGUGUUUUUAAGACCCAGAAAAUAUCAAGCUGCGUUUUACGAUGGGAUAAUGAGACAGAUGUCUCUCAACUGGAAGGACAUUUUGACAUUGUUAUGUGUGCUGACUGCCUGUUUCUGGACCAGUACAGAGCCAGCCUUGUUGAUGCAAUAAAGAGAUUACUCCAGCCCAGGUUGAAAAAGGAAAACCCGGACAUAUAUGAAGAAAACCUUCAUUACCCGCUUCUGCUUCUUUUAACCAAACACGGAUAGAAGAUUAAGCUUCUCAAAGACGAAGAAAAAUAUCAAGUGCACAGGGAAUAUUUUUACAAAAACAGCAAUCUGUAAUGGGUAUAAUCGCCUGCCUGCCCCCUUUGCAGCAUUUCACGUGUGGGCUAUGGCCUCCACCUGUCCUCACCCACGUUAUUCCCCAGCUGCCCUCUCCAGCUCCCUCCCUGCCUCUUUUUACACUCUGCUUGUUGCUCUUCCUGCCCUAAACCUUUGUUUGUCUUUAAAUAUGUAUAAGCUGCCUAUCUGUGACUUGAAUUUGACUGGUGAACGACCUAUUUUUCCCUCUAAUUGAGAGAGAAUUUCUUUUGAUAAUACCCAUCCCUCCUUAAAUUUUUUUUUUUUUUUUGGUCUUUGUUCUGUUUUGGUGGUGGUAGUUUUUAAUCAGUAAACCCAGCAAAUAUCAUGAUUCUUUCCUGGUUAAAAAAAAAUAAAGCAUAUCGUUUUAUCUCCCUCCAAUUAAUUGUAUUAAAUCUGCCAUUCCGUUCUCUAUCCCUCUCUCUCCUUCUUUUUUUCCUUUUAAACAGUAUGUUUUUUUUCCCUAUAGAUGUAUAAGAAAUGACUACAUCAGCCCAAAGCCUCAUAAACUGACCGUUUGUCCUCUGGACACAAUAGCGUGGCCAGCCCUCUGCUCCUCCUCCCCAAUUAUGUGUGAUUAGUCUCAGUGUGCUGUGUCAAGGAGGGGGAGUGUGCUGAGUGCUUAUUAUCUGUUUAGGUACAAGAAGAGCACAUUUAGGCUCUGACUAUGAAUGAAAAGUGAGCCUUUAUCAGGGCUUAAAUCUGACUGCUGCUGUUCUCCAGGCCUCUUUCAAAAUAGGUCCUUCCCAGAGAAAUUUUGAAUACAUGGUUGAUAAACUAGAUUGCAACCAGGGGGAGUUUUUUAAAAACUCAAUCACACAAUUAUCUUAUUUAAAGUAAGUAUAUAUUGUUAUAUGCUGUGAUUCAACUGUAUGGUAAACAUUUAAUAGGUGCUACCUAGGAUUAAGAGAGAAUGACUUUUCUGCAGGGAACCCAAGCUUAUCCUUGCCUAGGCAUCCAUGAGAUGCUCUAAUGCCUUUUGUGGAAAUUCAGAUGUUUAUCUGUAAAGAAUCAUCUGUGCCCACUUUAGCAGUAAUGUCAUUAGUAGGUUAGCUGUAUAUCCUCAUAUCUUUAGAAGAGGCAAAAACAUGUAUUCAGUGUGAUACAAUUAAAGUGAUAGGUGAGAGACUGGGGGUCCAUCCUUUUGCAUGUUAAACAAACUUAGCUGUCAUAAAAGCAGCGACUCUCAAAUGUCUUCUCUGCUCACUUCUAUCAUCAAACAAAUUUUUCACCAUCAGUUUGCAUGUCCUUGUAUUCACCACUUUUUCUGCUCCAUUAGAGCACCUAGAUGGAUCUCAGAAGGCAUAGGUCAAGUCGCAGUUAGAUCAUACAUUUCUUUCUCACAAAAACUUGAAUUGCAAUGCCAAGUGAUGGGCUAACAUCACAAUAACAGCAAUUUAUUCCUCUUUGGAUAAAACAGCAGUCUAUUCUCAGUGCUAGAUAAAGACCAGGGCAAUGCAAACCAGCCAUUUAGCUGAGUAGUUCAGCUAGUGGCAGCUCUCCUUUGGCGACUGUAUAGGUUGCACACUGGCUUCAUAUUUUCUUGUUUAAAAAUUAGAAUUUGGCAUGUUUUAAAAGGCAACACAAGCCAUUCCAUUUAUACUGGUGAAAAUACAGCAAAAAUAUUUCCUCUGUAAAACCUGCAACUAAACCUGCCAGACAAAGAAAACGCAUCCCUGUAGUAGCACCUAAGAUGGUCUAUUCUUUUUUCUUUUUAAAUAUGGAACAGCAGGAUUAUGAGAAUAUUUUCUUUUUCUCUGAAGAAAAUACACGAAUUGGCAAGAAUUCAAUUUGCAUUUGUGUGUUGUGGGUGGAGAAAUCCAGUGUUUAUGUCUCUGGGAGAUACUAUAUUUUAAAAAGUAAACUAGGAAUGCAUUUUUUUUUAAUAUCUGAGAACAGUGUUUCAGAAUUGAACUGUUGCUACCAAGAGAUACCUAGUAAGGAAAUUCACUUAUUAUGUAAUUGAAACCUAGAGAAUCUCCUACACGAUGUAAAGGGUUUCAUAGAUCUGUUCUUCAUGGGAUCCUCACCUGGAAAUAUCUCUAGACCAGGUUCUUUGAAAGUUUGUAAGAAAUGUUCUAUAUUAUUGAAUAAUUUUACAGUUUUUAUUUUCCCAAAGUUUAAUGGAAUGCCGAUAUUGAAAAGUGAAAUAGACCAGCUUUAAAAGUUUAUCCAUUUACAUUUCUUUUGAACUUUAUAUUUCUCUGUGUCAAUUGCAAUUGAAAUGGCCCAUUCCAUAAUUGCCUAUGUAAUUAUGCAUGUGUUUGUUUCCGAAAGGAAGCCUGUCUGCUUAGGAAAUCCUAAGAAUAAUGAUAUUUCUCUUCUUUGUGUACCUUUAUCUUCUGAUAAAACUCAUGAUUUUCCUUUGUCAUACUAAGUAGAUUUGGUUGGAUGAACAAAUGUUUCUAAUAUUGCCGAUGGUCAGUUCUAAUGUGUGAGAUGAAUAGCUACAUACAAGUUGGUUAUAAGAAAUACAUUUUACUUUAUAGCAAGACAUAUGCUGUGAAUUGGGAUAAAAGUGCUAGAAAAGACUACCUAAGAGGUUGAUGCUAUUUUGUAUAAAUUGUGUAUUUUGUUGGCUUUUUGACUGAGCAUGAAAAUGUAAGUUCCAUUAGGGAAGGGUAAUUUAGGUGCUCAGUAUUCAGCAGAAAACUUGUCAGGGCCAUAAAAGCUUUUCUGGCUAGUUCCUCGGGUGUUUUCAGAGAAGAGCUGCCCGCCCCUUGCUGAUUUUCCCUUUGGCUUUAGUAUGGGCUGAAUUUACCACUGCAUACCUGUUGAAUCAAAUUGGGGGAUCCAGCAGUUAACUGAGUGAAUGGAAGGAUUAGUUGCCCUCCGGAGCCCUAUUUCAACAGCCAGGUGUCUGUCCUAAACUAGUUAACUGCUUUUGACAGCUGAAGAACCUGGUUUUAAUACCAGAGGCAGGAGGUGGUUGUGUUUUUUCCCAUCUCUCCACUACCAAAGUGGGACAUACCUUCUCAUGAGGGUUAGGUGGUUUUUGUUUUUUAAUAGGAACCCAGCUUCCAUGGAUUUUUGUCUUUGUGCUUAGUCAGCAUUUGACUUGUUUCCAAUCUAUGCCAGACAAUUCAUUCACAUUGUCCGGCAAGAACCUUUCAUUGGACUCUGCGGGGGUGGGGCAGAAUGCCCACAUAGGGGAGAGAGUCAAAGUAUAUGUACAAACAUAUACACACACACACACUCACAGGAAACAUUAAGCUAUUUAGAUCCGAGAUGUGGGCUCCAGCCCCCAGAUUCCAGGUACAUCCCCAUCCCAGAUCAAAAUCCCCUGAGUUCAGGCUGUAUGAAACAUAAUUAUGUUGAGUGUAUGCCACAGAGAAAAAAUGGAUUUGAAAGUCAGGCUGAUUUUAGGCAGGGUAAAUAUGUUUUCCUGAGUGGACUAUUUCCAAAUUAGGAAGGAGCCUGUUAGUGUUUAUCACACCAUUAAGCCUGAAAUGCCACUUUUAAUUCUCAGAUUUCAUUUUACCCAGAGAGCUUACCUUCCAGGCUGUGGCUAAAUGCUCACAGUGUUCUCUGCCCUGAAAGUCUGUGCAUUUGGAGUCUGUAUUUUGCCUUUUUUGUCCCCCUGACUUUUCAAUUAAUACAUUUUUUAAUAGAUAAAACAGAUCAUACCGUGACUUUUAAAAUGUCAACAAGCUCGUAAACAGAAAUGUAAUAAAAUGGCUAAUAGGAGAUUCAAUAGUUAAUAGAGGGCCUGAAGUGUGAGCAAAUACAGUAGCUGUAUAUUGGAAACUGUGCAAGUGAAGAUGGCUUUAGUAUUGCAAACUGAGGAAGAAAAUUGUUUUUAAUUAGCACCUUCAUAAGAACUGCUGAUUAAUACUGUUUUGUUUGGUGAAAAGCUUUCAGCUGAGUAAUUUGUACAGCCAUUACAACAGUUUUGUUAGAGCGGGACUCCUGUUGUUAAACACAAACAGCAGAUGAUAAUGGUGGAAGAUGAGUUUGUCAUGUAACAAUUUACCUUAUUGAAAAAAGCUUUAUAUAAAACCCAAUACAGUAGGUACCAGCAGAAAUCACAUAUUUUAAAUCCUUCCAAAAUUGCAGUGUGCCAUGCUUAUGGUUUUUUUUUUUUUUCCUCAGGGCUAGAAGCAGAUUUUAUAUCAUUUAUAAAAUUAUAUACACAAUUUAAAGGUGGUGUAGCGUGGACAGACCACUUUCUUAGCAGCAGUUUACAUUGGAGCAGUAAAGUGGCCGUGUAUUCAAACAUUUGCUAACUACACAGAGAAGGUGGAAAAAUGAAAGCCUAAUUAAAUAAUGUUACUCAAAUGUAAAUUUGCAUUGCGACUGGAUGCAGGGAAAUAAGAACUGGUGUUUCUGCCUUAGGUGGGUUUAACAUAUAUAGGAUCUUAAAAAAAAAAAAUCUCUCUCAACAGAAGUUUAAGUAACUUUUUUUUUUUUUCUGGUGAUGUUUUAACUGACCCAGAGGAAACUGCUCAUUCAAUGAGACCUGACCAGGGAAUAAGAGGCUGAUUUCAGUGAACUCCCAUAAAAUGGAUAUUUUGCUAGCCAGAAGCAUGGGAAAUUUUGUGUGUGUGUGCUUAAAAUAAAAUCCAAUGGUAAAGCAUAUUUGCAUUAAAAUAUUAUGCUAACCAA